CGUUGGGUCAAUGACUGAAAUUGUAGUGUAUAUAAUGUACACGAUAACAUGGUAUAGUGGCUGGUACCCUCGACGCUCUUGUUACAUCCGCUUUAUUACAAUGAUUCACGUUUCACUUGAUAGUGGCGUCGCUAUCGUAGACAAUUGCACUGCAUUGAAUCGGUAAAAUGUCCAACUCUGAGCUGCACAAAGAACCGAAACAGCCUAAUAAUAACAACAACAACAGUAGUAAUAAUAAAAAUAAUAAUGUUAAACCACAGCAGCAGCAGCAGCAGCAGCAAGAAAGGAAGAAGAAUAAAAAGAUAGACAAAGUACAAUGUGACGGCAGACUGAAAAUUAUAAUAAACAGAGAAAAUGAAUUGCGAGCCAGAUGGCCGGAACGGUGGGGGUUUUAUUCGAAAAAUAACGUGGAAACAAUGUGGAGCGAACAGGCUGUUAGUUUAGGAUUACCGGAAAAUUUUAUCGAUCUCAGAAGACAAAAGCUACGUAAACAAGAUAGAAUUCAACCGUUGAUCGACGCAGUACCAUCACCAUUGUGCAUUCCCAUAACGUCGUCAGGUUUUGUAGGAUGGCGUUCCGCGCAAGGAAUUUGUAAUUUAGAAAUGUUCGGCAGGACUUUUGAUUACAAUAAAUUAGAUACUCGAAUGUUGAAACCAGACAACGAGCCAGAUCAAAAGCUACAGAGAUUUAUAAUUCUAGGAUAAAUGUUUG